AUGUCAGGGCUCCCGUCAAGGAGAGCUUCCCGCGGUGCGGAGCUCGGCAUCGGCUCUCCCGUCGCCAACGCUCGCGCGAGAGACAAGGUCACGCCCGACAAAGCGCUCCGUACUGACGAAGCGUGGGCCGCAAAGGAGGAGCUGAUCCGCUACUAUGAGGUUGCACGCGCGUCGCCGUCGACAACCCGUCCUAAGCUACCGAAAGCCGUGCGCGACGAUAAGCACACCAUCUUUAGUAUUCCGGGAGAGCGCGGUAUGAUAGCCACGCUCGUCGACAUCUUUACCGACCACAACAUUGCGCAGCUCGUGCUCUUCUUGGUGGACCGCCCCGAUUUCGUGGACGCGGUGGAGAGCGCCUUUCUGGACGGCCUCCACGCGUGUGGCGCAGCAGACGCCGUCUUGGAGCGAGCGGCCGGCCUCGCCCACAGCGUGCUACGCACGGACACCGCCGGCCUCGUGGAGCUGCUCAAGGCUCCGGGUAGCUGCACCGAGUCGACGCGCCUCGCAUGGGACCACUGCUCCUUCUUCGACCUGCACUACCUGCGGCUCGACCUGCUCCUCUGCAUCGAGAGGCGGGCUGAGGAGUGGCAGGUCCUCCCGACCCGAACCUCCACGUGCUACGCGUGCGCGGAGACGUGGUCGGCCAAGCACACGCGCUGCCCGACGUGCAACCGCGCGGCGAACGGGUUCCUGAGAAUCGGGUCCCAAUAA